AGCUGCGGGCGAACAUGCGGGAGAUGGAGAAGCUGUGUGGGCGUGUGCGGAGGGAGGACGUCGCCGCCCUGCAGACGCUGGUGCAGCCAAUCAAAGAGCGCGCUGCAGCGGCCGUCCGGGACUUCCUGCAGCUGCACGCGGAGGCCCCUGCACCCCUGGACCCCCCGCAGACUGACCCCCCGGGGCCCUCACACUCCCAUCAUGCACCAGACUCGGAUGCUUUCUCCAGUGCCGGGGAGGGAGAGGAACUGCUCCUGGCUCAAACCCACAUUCCCCUACCCGACAUCCCCCAAGACCAGAGCGCAUCAGAGUCCUGGGAGACCCUGGAGGAGGACCUACUGGAUCUGAACGGCCUGGUGAACGAGUUCUCCGCGCUGGUCCAUUCCCAACAGGCCCAGAUCGACACCAUCGAGGACAACGUGGAGGCGGCGACCGCUAACGUGGAGGCGGGGUCCCGGAGCCUGGGGAAGGCGGUGAAGUACAAGAUGGCCGUGCUGCCGGUGGCCGGGGCGGUUUUGGGCGGGGUGGUGGGCGGUCCCCUGGGGCUGCUGGCGGGGUUCAAGGUGGCCGGGGUGGUGGCGGCGCUCAGCGGGGGGCUGCUGGGAUACGCCGGGGGGAACGCCAUCCAGAAGACCCGCCGCGCCAGAGUGGACCUGCAGCUACAGCAGCUCUCCAGCAGCACCACGGAGACCCCACCACCGGGAGGAGGAGAGGAGGAGUGAGGGGGAGGGGUGGAGGAGCAGAGGUGGAGGAGCAGAGGAGAGGGCACAGGACAUAGGGCACCAGACCUGGGUUAUAUAAGCAUCCAAAUUUGACUCUUUGGAAUGGUGGUAAGAUUUGAGAAGACAGUCCUGCGGCUGGCUGAGUGUUUUUCAUCAAACCAGAAUGUACUGAUCAGAAAGUAUUGGUCAAAACAGAUUAUAAAUAUUUAAACCGCUAUCGUAAAAACAUUUAUCUUACACUAACCGUGUACCAGGCUCUAAAGGACGAGGGCACUCUGCGUUGUAUUGGCCGGCAUGUAUCGUAGUGGCUAAGGUAGAUGACUGGGACCCACAAGGUCGGUGGUUUGAUCCAACCUUGUGAUUGUAGCCACAAUAAGAUCCGCACAGCCGUUGGGCCCUUGAGCAAGGCCCUUAAACCUGCAUUGCUCCAGGGGAGGAUUGUCUCCUGCUUAGUCUAAUCAAUUGUACGUCGCUCUGGCAUCUGCCAAAUGCCAUUAAUGUAAUAAUGUAUUGAACCCCAUUGCUCCUUCCACCCCACAACCCCCAUCACCACUGGCCAUCUCAAAGAGGAAGCCCAAGUCAUCAAGCAACCUGAGGGAUUUUGGAAAGGGGUCAGAUUGCUCUCUUCUGUAGCCUCCUGGUGAUCCAAGCUCCGCAACCAAGAGGAUUCAGAUCCCUCUUUCCUUGACUGUGUGUGAUCUUAAUGGACUUAAACUAGGUCAUGCGUGAUGCCUGGUAUCUAAGGUUAUGGUAAAAAAAAUGCCUCUAUUGCCAUGCGAUUCCUUGGCCUGGGCACCUUGCAAUGUCCUAGAUGAGCUAUAACCCCUCCUGUAGAGAAUGAGGAGAUCUAAAGACUUGAAGUUCAGUGACGGCUGUAGUCGCUGUUCCUGUGAAAAAAUGUCAAAUGAAAGUGUACAGUAAUGACAAACAAAGAUGAAGCAAUAUACACUACGUAUCGAUGUUCUGCCGAUGGGGGAAAGUGCCUUCAGAAUGUGGGACAGCCUGUAGGAGUUACAAGUGCACACUGUAUUCUGUUAACCUGUGACUCAGAACUUGCUCUGAAUGACAAUCCUGUGACCCCCCCCCCCCCUAUUCAACAGUCUGUAUGUAGAAGUCAUUCACUUCAAAUAGUGCCUUGGGUUCAGUGAUGAAAUGACUGUUGGGCGUGACGAACGACACUGACAAAAGGAAGAUUGUUAGGCGUGAUGCUUUGUGAGUUCUUGGAAGACGUGGCCUGUAUGUGGAAAAAACUGGAAUCCAGCAUCCAGUGUUUGAGUUGAUUUGUGUGGCGAGGGGAUAUCGCAUAAAUGUUUUUCAGAGAACACCUCAACUGCCCUUUAACAACACUGCCUGAAGACUCUGGAUAUCUUUUAAUGACCAUUGGUCUGUUUGGCUUAUCACCAAUGCAAGGUCCAAGGGACAGUGGACAGUGAACCCUGUCCAGUCAAGGCACAAUGUUUCAACACCCAAGAUUUCCCCCCACACAAAACACUCUCCUGUGCUGGGUUCAGAUCUAGUAAUGUCCAGACCAGCUGAUCAUUUUAGCUGGCUUUCUUUCCUCCAUGUGAAAAAGAUCCCGUCUUAGUUGUGUAUAUUAUGGUUGUGCAGUGUACUGGAAGCACAGCACUAAUAUUGGUGGAUGCCUCUUGCAAUUGCCUGCCUGCAGUUUACUCUGGACCGUUUUGCAAUAGGCAUCAUUUUAGCAGUUCUGACGGGUACAAAGACAGAUUUGCUUAGUUUACAUGCCGCCUAGUUUACUCUCCCCCUAAAAACCAAUUUAGUUUGAAUUGUGCCAAAGUGUAACAACUUGAGAAAAAGAAAAUGGAUUUAUUUAGCUUUUCAUCUCAAAAAUGUUCUAGCAGUCACCAAAUUGUGUUUUACUUCACCGUUUUCACUUUUUUCCGAUGUGCUGUUUUGAUGUUCACAUCUAAAGCACUUUCCUUGCAUAUUCAAUAUGCUUUCGUGUAGGUUUGAAGGUGGUUGGGUUGUGGGGAUAGACUGCUCAUAUAAUCACUUAAACGCUUAAUCGUGUCUUGAUCAGCUUCGACGGUGAGGAAACAUCAAGGCUUGUUGACUGCUUGAUUUGCAUUUGACAGUCCAGCCUGUGGUGCACUAGAGCAGGGAUCAUCAAAUAAUGGUCAUCGAGGGCCAGGAACAGCUGGUUUUCCACCAUCCCUUUACCUGGGAGGCAGAUGUGAAGGAAGACAAGUCUGGUCAAUCAGUAGCACCAGUUGCUCAGCUAAUUACCCAGGAGAAAAUAAAACCAGGGCUGGAUUUGGUGAUCCCUGCAUUAGAGAAUUGGUUCCACAGCAUGCCAGACCUGGCUCAAUUACAUAAUUGUUUUGGAUUUAUAUACUUUUCUACACUUUACUGAGCUUGUCUGGUGUAUUGGAACCUAUGAAAUGCUCUCAAAAAGUGCUGACCCUGCCUUCUGGUCCUCAAUUUGUCUCAAUUGCACCAGGCAAGAUAAAUUGAACACAGAAAGGCAUUUGAAUCCAAAACAAUUACGUAAUUGACCCAUGUCUGCAGUAUGUCAACACAACUCAUGAAGUUAUGGAGCAGGAAUCUAUUGAUGAGCAAAGGUGUACUUGAAUGUUCCUAUAGGGGCCACUGGAGAGCUGUGUUUCAUAUUUUACUCUUGGAAAACAUGCUGUAUUACAGUGAUAUUUGUGUUAUUGAAUGUGACUCCUUACAGCUGACCCAGGCUGAUCCAAGAUGGAACUAUUAUGUGCUUUACAACGUGUUUUACUUUGAUUUUUAAAUGUCAAACAAUAAAAUAAGCUGCUGACUGUUACCAAA